AUGCCAGUUCGCUGCUCCGGACGAGGCGCCCACAGCCCCCUACACCACGCACGCAGCACCCAAAACACGCCUUCCACCACAACUGUGAGCGCUGAAACACAGGCCCUCUAUGACCAUUGCCGUUUUCGCGUCGCAUACCGCACGCUCAUGCGCGACUUCUAUGCGUCCAGUCUCGUAGACAUGAUUGUGCUAGACCGGAAAUACAAGACCACGCAGGAAAUUCCACUCACGGAGAAUGAAGCCGGCUUAGACCACAUUGCGGAUGGUGUUGCGUCAAAAGUGUAUGUAAGUGAGUUGGAGGGUUGUGGAUUGCGCAGUCGGGAGGCGGGCGAUGUACCUAUUGUCUCACGUCGCUCUAGACUUGCCCUUGCACGUCCAGAUCCUGUUCUUGACGAAGCGCUUAGUAUGCUCGCUGCCCGAGAUAGACACGAGGGUACAUUAGCAGAGCAAUCGGGAGAGUUCCUGCGAGUACAUCAUAAUGAGAUGCACGCCAUUCAAACGCUGUUGGGGUGUUCGGCGAAUCGGUUUGAGGACUGGGAGAUGGAGGGAUUUUGCAGGGAGGCGGAAGGCGAGAUGGCAGAGAAUACUGGGUGCGAGGGAGUGAAUAAGAAGGAUGAGGAAAUGGAGGGAUAG